AUGACUACCCUGCAGCAUGCCACCACCGGCAACCUCAACGGAAACCGACCGCCUUCACCAUCGGGUCAAGUCGAGAACUUGGAACCGGUUAUACUGGGAACAGGCGCGGCGUUGAUGCCCAUCACUGUCGCCAUCGCGAUGGUCCGGAUUGCAACCGGGCGGGCAGUUUCAAAACUGCAUGUUGACGAUUUCGCCCAGCUAGGCGUAGCCCGUCACGCCUGGGACAUCCCACUUACCAGCAUCAACCCUCAAGUCUACCAAGUCUGGGCUGCGCACACUGUUUUGGGUAUCAUCUCCUUUUUCAACACCAAGGCACUCAUCCUGACGUUUUAUCUUCGGCUUUUUGGGACUGUGCGCUGGGUGAGGUGGAUGUGUUACUCUCUUUUGAGCCUGUCGGUGGUUAUAUACGGUAUGAUUGGGCUCUGGUACGUCGCUGGUUGCGUACCCAAGAGCUCGAAGCUGCCUGUGUGUGAUGAGACAGGGCCGUUGAUACUAGCGGGAGGGGUGUUCACUGUGGUGGCGGAUGUGAUGUUGUUUGGGAUGCCGUUUCCGGUUAUCAGGGGGUUGAGGCUUGGGAGGGAUAAGAAGAGGGGGUUGGUGGUGUUGUUUGGGUUUGCGAUUCUGAUUAUUGCCACAAGCACAGUCAGUCUGGCGUAUCGGAUAUCGAUUGUGGUGAAUGGGACUGAGGACCCUUCUUGGGAUGGGGCUGAGGUGGCUGUUACUGCAUAUGUGGAAAUAUUCGGCACUGUGAUUGUCGCCUCUGCACCGGCUUUGUACACGUUUUGGACUCGCAUCUUUACAGAAACACGACUCUACGCGACAUUGAGAUCUGGCUUUUGGUGCAAGCAGAGAACAGAGCCUGACAUCAGACUGGGUCAAUGGAAGACUUGGCCAGCCGCGCAUGGCGUGGCGGCAGUGCCUGUGAGAGCCAAAGUUGUGGGGACAGAGAGCAGUCAAGACUUGAUCCAGGAGCAUGGCGGGAAUGGUGGGAUACUGAAGACUGUGACUGUGACGCGUGAGGUUGUGGGUGAUUAGGGAGGACGUGUGAGACUUGGCUAGGUAAAGAGAAAGGGGGGAGAUCUGGGGAAGAAUAGGUAAGGUACCUUAGGAAUGGGUGUGUGUUAAAGAGGCCAAGUUGUUCCAUGGGGGAUGAAUGUACCCAAGAAUCACGCCCAAG